CGAUGGACAGCGACACAAAGAAAAUUUUGAAUUAUCCAUACAAAAUCUGCAUCUUUCUCUCUUGCUCGUACUGCUUCAUGAAAGAGCUUUAUAUGUCGUAACCAGAGCUUUCCAGAUGGAAACCAGUCCCUUUUAGCUUCCACAACUCUCGGGCCAUGGCGAUGCUUACACGUGUCCCGUUAUUCUACUCCGCCUCAAAGUCCACAUCUUCUCCACCACUGCCCUUUCAUCAAUGCCAUAAAUGUUCCUUCGUAACCAAUUCUAAUUUAAUCCCAUCUUCAUCUCUUCAAAUCCUUCCCUCUUCCAUUUCCACCACCUCCCACAAGGGUUUCAGAAGGCGUCGAUUCCCUGCUCUUUCGGUGGUUGCAAUGGCGGAUUCUGCUCCCCCCACUGUCCUCGUCACCGGAGCUGGUGGCAGAACCGGUCAAAUAGUUUACAAGAAAUUGAAGGAGAGAUCAGAUCAUUAUGCUGCAAGAGGUUUGGUUAGAACUGAAGAGAGCAAGCAGAGUAUCGGUGGAGCAGAUGAUCUUUUUGUUGGUGAUAUAAGGGAUGCAGAUAGCCUUGGUCCUGCAAUUCAAGGCAUUGAUGCUCUUAUCAUUCUUACGAGUGCGGUGCCAAAGAUGAAGCCGGGCUUUGAUCCUACCAAAGGUGGCAGGCCUGAGUUUUACUUUGAAGAUGGAGCAUAUCCUGAACAGGUUGACUGGAUUGGCCAGAAGAAUCAGAUUGAUGCUGCCAAGGCAGCAGGAGUUAAACAAAUAGUUUUGGUUGGCUCUAUGGGUGGAACAAAUAUCAACCAUCCCUUGAACAGCUUGGGUAAUGGGAAUAUAUUGGUUUGGAAGAGGAAGGCUGAGCAGUAUUUGGCUGACUCCGGUAUUCCAUACACCAUUAUAAGGGCUGGAGGUCUGCAGGAUAAGGAUGGCGGGAUCCGAGAACUGCUAGUCGGGAAGGACGAUGAACUUCUUCAAACAGAGACAAGAACCAUUGCCAGAGCUGAUGUUGCCGAAGUCUGCAUUCAGGCACUGCAAUUUGAGGAGGCCAAAUUCAAGGCACUCGAUCUUGCCUCGAAGCCUGAGGGAGUAGGUACACCGACAAAGGAUUUCAAGGCCUUGUUCUCUCAAGUGACAACGCGUUUCUGAUUGGGUAGAGUUUGUAAUAUCAAUGAGCAUUGUUCUGAAUUGUUGUGCUGCUGUUAAAUUUUGAAAUGUGAUAUUUUAAAUAGGUAUGGGAGAGGAGAGGAUGUAACUUGGAAGGAUCUUAGAUUAUUGAUGCAUUAGAAUUAGAGGUUGCUAAAUCUCUUUCAAUUUGAUGCUUUGGUUGGCAUGUCAUUAGUCUGCAUUUCAGAUAAACUGUUCCUGAGAAUGUUGUAAUAAAUGACUUUGCUUUUUCUCUAAU